AUGAAAAAUAAAAAAAACACACAUGAAACUCAGAACCAAACCUCUUCACAUAAAUCUGUAUAGAAUUGGCUUGAAUAAGCAUACAUAUAAAAUGUAAUGAAAUUAAAGAAAUUUCAAUAAUAAGAUAUCUCUAAAAUAAAUACUUAGACUGAAGAAAGUGAACCAUCCAAGUACACAUUAUCUUAAUAAUCAAAACGAAUAAUCAUAGAUUAAUGUCAAGAGUAAAGCAAUCCAAUUAGUAAUCCAAUAAGCAAUCCGAUUAGUAAUCAAAUGAGCAAUCCAAUCAGUAAUCAAAUACAAGAUUAAGAUUCUAUUCAUAAAUUUUCAGAGUAAUCAUCAGAUUAUGGUGACAAGAAUAAAUAAACUCUUGAAUUAGGCCGUAAUAAUCAGAAAAAAUACUAAAAAAUACAAAGAAAAAAAUUGAAAUUUGAUUAGUUGAUUGAAGAAAAUAAUGAAAGUAUUCUUAAAUCUGAUAAACUUAAGGUUUAAGAUGAGUUAAACAAGUAUAUUUAAAUUGAGAAAUAAAUAAUACAGUAUUUAGCUAAAGUUCACAAUAAAGUUGAAGAAUUGACAAAGUAAUUAUAAAGUUUUAAAUGA